AUGUCUCAAACUAUUACUCGAGACAUUACUACACAUUUUAUACGCUUUGUCACUAUUAAUUACAAAAUUGUUCAUGAAUCUUUUAUUAUAAAAAACAAUAUUCCUUGGUGGAAUAUUGAUUUUGAAUGUUCAUAUAUUAUUGUUUAUAAAAAACGAAAUCCUAAAGAAAAAUUUGACAUGUUAGAACAUAGCAAACAUGAGAAAUAUUUUGAUUUUUUUAAAUGUAAAUGUCCUAAUACUCAUGAAUUUCAUCCACAUUUGUGGCAAUAUGAUAAACGUCAUAAUGAUAAUCAUUGUCCUUUUCGUCAAUGUUGUGAUUAUUUUAAAAUAUUACAAAGUAUUGAUAAGAAUCUUCCUAAUAAUGAAAAACUUGCUCGUUUAUCUAAAAAAAAUUCAUUAUUGAGACUUAAAAGAUUACAUA